AUGGAUGAAGACGAUUUCAUUUGCCUGAGUGAAUCUGCUCAUAUGCAGACUCAGACUGGUCAAAAUUCAAUCCCUGGUUUAGCUCAUCAGCGAUUGCAGAGACAGAUGAGUCUGCAGAAUCAGAAGGUGUGA